AUGUCUUCCGCUGUUACAACGAACCCGGCCCAGGCGACGAAUUCAGGGUCGUCCAAAAAGAAGAAGAACAAUAAGAAGAAGAACGCCAACAAGAACAAGGCUUCCGAGGAGCAAACUGGUACUUCUGAGCCUCAACAGGGUUCAGAUAAAGACGCCCUCGAAGACGAACCCGAGACACCCACUCAGCCCGAGACGCCAGUUGAUGCAGAAGCCGAAGACGUAAACGAAAGCACCACAGUUCAAAGCAACGGGCAUGCCGUAGAGCCCCAGGACAAGAGCAACGGGCUCACACCCCCUCCAGUUGAUGGCGAAAAAGAAAACACCAACAAUUCAGAUACCUCUGCCAAGCUAGAGGCCAUGAGUCAAGAACGAGAGGCCUUGCGGGCCGAGGUCGAACAGCUACGGAAGCAGCUCGAAACCAUACAAGAGACGCAUAGCAAUGAAGUCACACAGCUCAAGAGCGACCUGGAAGAGAGCAAUGCCGCCAAAGAGAACGCCGAGGAGGAAUACCAGACUCUUCUUGGCCGUGUCGAGAAGAUCAAGCAAACACUGAGCGAUAGAUUUAAGCGCGACAAGGCGGAUCUCGAGGAAAGCAAAGAGCGUAUAGAAGAGCUCGAGGCAGAAAACGAAGAGCUCAGGAAUAGUGCAGCAUCAUCCGGUGGUGAUGUUGCCAAAUUAAAGGAAGAACUGCAGGAUGCGACCCGGGAACUCAACACCCUCCGAAGUCGAAACAACCUAUCGGCACAGAACUGGAGCAAGGAGAAGGAAGAAUUACUUCGACAUGUUCAACACCUAAAGUCAGAGAUGGAGACGACCGCCAACGCCAUGGGUGAGUGGGAAGUUAUCGCCAUGGAGGAGCGCUCCAUCAAGGAGAGCUUGGUCGACAAAGUCUCGGAAUUGGAGGAACAGGUCACCAUGCUACGACAAAACUACGAGAGUGCUACUGCGGAUAGAGAUAGCCAGGCGACCCUCAUCGAAAACCUGCAGAACGCUCUCCGCGAGAUCCAAGAUGCCCGCAAAAAGGAGCUUCGUGAUAUGGUCGAGACCACAGAGGCACAGAUCCAAGGCCUCAAGAAGCAAGUCCAGGAAGCUGACGCUCGCGCUACUGAAGCCGAGACUGCCAAGCAGACUCUGACGCAAGAGCUUGAGCGAACAGCACCUUACGAGAAGGAAGUCAAGGAGAAGAAUCUCCUAAUUGGCAAGUUGAGACAUGAAGCCAUCGUGCUGAAUGACCACUUGACCAAAGCACUACGAUACCUAAAGAAGACCAAGCCAGAGGACAACGUAGACAGGCAAAUUGUCACUAACCAUCUCCUCCACUUCCUCACCCUCGACCGCGGUGACGCCAAGCGUUUCCAGGUCCUCCAAGUCAUGGCUGGCUACUUAAAUUGGACCGACGAGCAGCGAGAGCAAGCUGGUCUUGCCCGACCAGGCACAUCAAACAAUUUACGCCUACCGAUUUCACCUUUCAACCGCACACCAAGCUCGCCUUCCCUCAAUGCCGAUCUAUUUGCGGACACAUCGUCUGCAAAGGAUAAGGAGUCGUUAUCAGAACUCUGGGCAAACUUCUUGGAGCGCAGCGCACAAGAGGGUGCUCUAGAGACGCCAAGUCGUAAGGGCAGCACAAGCAGUGCAGCCACAGGGCCAGUGAGGCCAGAGUCCACAAAGCCAGAGUCGAAGAGUUAA